ACAUGAUCGUCGCAGUGGUGUCUCAUUAUCGUACUGCGUGAGUCGCGUACACGACUUUUUGACCGGUCACAAAGAUACGUGCACUAUCGUUUUCAAUUUUCUCAUUUGGCCACGUCGUAGUAGCCCCGGUUUUCAAAUUUCUGAAAGAAGCUUUUCAACGUUAUCCCGAUUUCUCGUUAUCUCAAAAUAAUGAUCAGUUUGAGUUUUACGCUCGGGCAUGACGCUGGAGGAAACCAGUCUGGUCAAUCAGAGAUGGCGUAGAUAACGGUUGUCACUGCAGACUUGCGUCGUAGAGCAUCAAUCAUUUCCCCUGUUGAUUUCACUUGCGAAGUAGAAUUAGAAUCGAAAAGCAAGAAUAGAUGUAGUCUCUUAUGAGUGGGGAUAAAUAUGAUAGCGAUGAAACAUAUUUCGACCGUGUAUUGUCGUAUUAACAUCCAAUCCAGUAACCAAGCGUAAGCGAACCAGUGAUGAUAUCUUGUGCCUUGAGACGAAUUAUCUCGAGCGGUGAAUUACAUACGAGAACGACAUGAUGAUAAUAUGGAAAUUACAAUACGAAGAAAUAGAUGACUGAUUUGUCUUCACUCUAUCGAAAUUCGCUUGUGGCGCCUUUGAGCUGAUCGAAGUAACUGGUAAAUUCAUUUCCUGAGGAAAUUGGAAUACGAGACAACAGACCAAUGAAACAAUCGUUUUACGACUGUCUUCGAAGUAACGCCGAAGUGUUUCACGAAUUUGAGCAUUUGGCGUCGAAUACUUGCAAAACUCGUUCCUCGGUGGAAGGUCGACGUCUUCGCGGCCGAUCUCGUUCCGGCCGAUGUACAUUGUUUUCCAUACUUAUCGGCAGCGCGAUAAAUCGAAAAAGGAAGAUGACGGAAAAAUACAGCAGUUUUAUUUUAUCAAUAGCUUUGUUGCCGGCGAGAGUUUAACGUUGUGAAAUCUAAUUUAUAAAUAAUUAUGGGUUUUCGCGGAGCAACGAUGAAGACAUCUUGGGAAGAUCAACGCAAAUGAUGGGAUCAUUCAUACAAUGUUAAUGAUCGUGAGAGCUGGCCACUGAUGGGUAUGAUAAGAUGGACAUGAGAGAGUGACAUAGUUUCCUGCGAUUCAAGUCAAGUUAUUUGAUGCGUUAAGUUUGGAAUGAUAAGUGAUAGCCGAUACAGUGAUAUAGUUAAGUCCAAAGAACGAAAAAUCGGAAAUCUGGCUGGAAAGCGGCAGGAACAGAAUAUUCGAGAUUUAUUUGUCUCUUGUUCUUUUAUCUCAUCUUAGCUCGUGUUCGAAGGCACAAAGAAGAGAUUUCUUGAUAUUAUUUUUUAAUGAACAUCGUGACAUAAUAAACAUAAAUUCGAUUUUCGGGUUUCGAACUUCACGAAUGUCGAACUUCGAUGCAUACUUGGCAAAGAUGAAAGUGCUGAAGUGCGAUUUAGUGCCUUCCACGACGGAAUCCGAGUACUUCGAGACAUCGUGGAAAAUCAAGUUGGAACUGAUACGUAGGUGCUUGAAGAGAUUCAAGGAUACGCUGCUGACGCGAUACAAAUCAAAGAAGAAGGGUUACACAAGGUUUCUUACUGAGGAGGAGCAAAGGUGCAGGUGGCUGGUCGCAACCGAAUAUGACAUAUCCGUCAGGUUUGGAGUACCUUAUGGGCCUUAAUUACCUUUUCGUGAAUCAGAAAAUUGAAUUGCUAGAAGCUUUUACCGGAUUCGAGACGAAAAACCGAUAUGCUGUUACGGACAUGACGGGCAAGCCGGUGUUCUACGUGGCCGAGGAGUCAGGCAUCUGUUCGCGAUUAUGCCUGGGCUCGGCACGUCCCUGCGAGUUCUCCGUCCUUGACCAGAACAGGCGAGAAGUCUUCCGUAUGAUUCGACCCUUCAGAUGUGACAGUUGCUGCUGUCCAUGUUACUUGCAGGUUAUGGAGGUGUAUUCCGAUGGUAGAUUACUCGGCAGCAUUACCCAAGAGUGGAGUCUCCUGCGGCCAACGUUCUCCAUCCGCGACUCGUCUGGCAAUCCCGUACUAAUAAUAAAAGGGCCGAUCAUUCGUUUCUGCAUUGAAGUAGUUUUCAAGGUGAAAUCUUUGGACGAAAAACACAAUGUCGGCGUUAUUCAGAAACACUGGAGCGGCUUCGGUCGAGAGAUCUUUACAGACUGCGAUCAGUUUGGCGUACAGUUCCCGCAAGACCUUGACGUGAAGAUAAAAGCCGUAUUAUUGGGAGCAUGUUUUUUAUUAGACUUUAUGUAUUUUGAGAAUCGCAGUGGGUUUAAUGCAGAUUGCUAGCUUACCGUCGAAGUUUGUGUCUUUUGAUAUCAGGGAAUCCUAUUGAACAUUCGCAAGUUUAAGCGCCUUUAAAAGCACUAUAAAAAAAAAUAUUUAAGUAUGCUAUGCGAUAAGCGUGUUUAAUCAUUUAAAAAGCAGAUAUUUAAAUACGUCAUACGAUUAACUAUGUGAUAAUGCGCCUAUUCAAGAAUUUUACUAAUCAUUGAGGCCCCUACAUAUUCUCGCCGUGGCCAUAUUGGACAGUGACAUCAGAGGCGAGAAAUUCUUCCGUAUCACAUUUAUAAAUAAAAUAAAAAUCUUAAAUAAAAUAAGUAUCUCAAAAGAUAUUUAUAUAUGCGUGUGGAAAAAUAUUUCAGAUUCCAAAAGCAUAUUUAUAAAAUACAUCAAACGCUAUACGCUUUGAUAGUCGAUCGACGCUAUAAAAUGUAAUAUGGGACCUAAUUAUGCGCACACGCAAUCAUUUCGUAUGACCAACCAUAUAUUAGUCAUUUUAUGCUUGUUGAUUAAUUAUCAAAGAAGAAACAUAAUGUUCGGAACGUUUUACAAGUAUGCUCUAGCGACCUGAAGUAUUUCUUCAUACAAGUAUCUUUCUUAUCUUGAAAUAAUACGCAAGAAUUUUGAGUAUAUGUUUCUCGCUUAUGAUGUCUUCGAUCAGAAGUUCCGCAGCAAGGAAUCAAGAGUCUUAACUGUAGGAUUAACCAAUAUUGUAACUAAGAACUUAAAUACUUCUUCAACGUUAAUAGUUUCUAUACAUACUCACUUUAUACGGUAUAUAUGUUGUUUUAAAGUAUUUUACUAUAUUUUUUUAAUACGUUUAUGUAAUGAUAACUAGCACAAAGUUUACAAUCGCAGAGGGGUGAUCGAGACUUUUGUAUUCGGUAAGUUCGAUCUCGCGAAGCUCUCUAUUGUCUAAAAAUUACUUUACUUUCCCCGUCUGCCCAAAUCGCAAAAUAUUAAUUGGCGAUCUUAACGGAAACGUGACUAUUAUCUUAUGUAUCUUAUAUCUUUAUAUCUUGUUUCUUUUGUUAUCUUCUUGCGUGUUUGAGCUGUCUUCCGAAUAUAGACAGACCGUCCGGUCAGCCAAUGACUAAAUAAUAUAGAACGCUAUACAAUCUUCCCAAGAUGUUACCAGAAACGAAUUACGACUCAUGUGUGUCAAAAUGUAUAAAUAUAUUAUGUUUGUAGGCGAACAGUAGUUCGGAGAUGUUUUUUUUGUUUUCCCGCGUUACCGAGCGAGCGUGCGUGCAUGCGUGGCGCUGUGAAAAAAGUAAAAAGGCGUGGCACGCGGGCAUGCGUGGAGCAGUGAAGGAAAAGAGAUUGAGAAGAAGAGCUGCGAGGCGGGCGAAAACAAUAAAGAAACCGUUUUACGAAGCUCAAAGUGUAUACUUGCUC